AUGGCUGGUGCUGUUCACAGUCGAUCAAGGAAAUAUGUUCUAGAUCUGUUGGCAGAAACUGAAAAGCUAGGUGUCAAACCUGCGGAUACACCCACUGAACAGAACCACAGGAUUAGUGCAGAGAGUGGGGAGCCUCUUGAAGACAAAGUUAUGUUUCAGCAAUUAGUGGGAAAGCUCCUAUAUCUAUGCCUCACUCAGCCAAAUAUCAGCUAUGCAGUUAGUGUUGUCAGUCAGUACAUGCAUUCUCCUAGAACCAYGCACCUUCUAGCAGCARAAAGAAUAUUAGCAUACUUGAAGAGAUGCCCGGGUAGAGGUAUACURUUCAAGAACAAUGAYCACAUGAAGGUGGAGAAACUGAUGCUCCAUGUGCUGCUUGUGGGAUCUGGAGUAGGAGAACAUGGCGAUUGGGUUCUCAUGCAGUUUGUUUCUGUCACAGCUGCAUGGAAUUUCUUAUGA